AGCAACUUGAUGAUGGGUGAUUAUGAAUUUGUUCUUCACCAACGUUGUACGGUACGAUGCACAUGUUUCUUCAACUUGUUGGGUCCCACCUCGCAGAUCUCAACCAAUUUAUAUCAACUCCAUUGAAGAUCUGUUUCAAGCUCUGUCUCAUUCUUCCACCUCCACACUCUCCUCCCAGGUUUGGGUGCACAACAAUAAGCUAUUAAUGGCUGCCCGGAAACCUGGUUUAAUUGCUUUAUUUGAUGUUGAUGGGACUCUUACAGCUCCCAGAAAGGUGGCUACUCCUGAGAUGUUGGCAUUCAUGCAAGAUCUACGUAAGGCUGUGACAGUUGGAGUUGUUGGGGGUUCUGACCUUGUAAAGAUAUCUGAGCAACUAGGCAACACAGUUACCAGUGACUAUGACUAUGUAUUUUCUGAGAAUGGUCUUGUGGCUCAAAAGCAAGGAAAUAUCAUUGGAAUUCAGAGCUUGAAGUCAUUCCUUGGGGAAGAAAAGCUCAAGGAAUUUAUUAAUUUUGCACUUCAUUAUAUAGCUGACUUGGAUAUCCCUAUUAAGAGGGGAACAUUUAUAGAGUUCCGUAGUGGGAUGCUGAAUGUGUCACCAAUUGGGCGAAACUGUAGCCAAGAAGAAAGAGAUGAAUUUGAGAAGUAUGACAAGGUUCACAACAUACGAGCAAAAAUGGUGUCUGUGCUUCGUGAGAAGUUUGCUCAUCUUAACUUAACAUUUUCCAUUGGAGGACAGAUAAGCUUUGAUGUUUUCCCUCAAGGUUGGGAUAAAACAUACUGCCUCAGAUACCUUGAAGAUUUCAAUGAAGUCCACUUCUUUGGUGACAAAACUUACAAGGGUGGAAAUGACCAUGAAAUAUAUGAAUCUGAACGUACUGUUGGGCACACAGUUACAAGCCCUGAAGAUACUAUGAAGCAGUGUAAAUCUCUGUUCCUAGAAAGUUAAGAUUUUUGCAGCAACAUGUCAAACAUUGAGAACAACUACCGAGGAAGUCUACUCUAAUAUAUGUUUACAGAGGACCACAGGCUGAAAAUAUAAUCUAUGUUUGCUUUUUAUUGGCACUUCAUAUUUUGGAUUUAAUAAUAAGCUUAUCAUU